AGCAGCAGCAGUAGAGCUCCUCUGGGCGGACUCUUCCACUGUAACCACCGCCUCUUUCUCCAACUGCACUGGGACAGAUUUAUGCUCCAGCUUUCUUAUUUAUGAGCACCAGUCCACCUCACAGGACCCGUCUAGCUUGGUGUGACCACACAACUGAGGUGUGAAGACGACAUGGGAGUCCCCAUUUACCCGAGAUGACCGAUGAUUUGGUCAAAAUAAUCACUUCUUUUUGUCGCCAGAGAGGGAAACUUAAAACAAGGCUUGUUUUUGGAGUUCCACCUCCCCUCCUCUCUCCCCGUAGGAUUUGAUUCAAAGGCGAAAACCAAGAUGGCCGCCGAUUCCGUGCAGGUAGGAAAAGUUGACAACUGUCGCGAAAAGUGCGCAAACUUUCUCCAGAGUUUCAGUUUUAAGUUAGCAAACAGAUUAUUUUUGUUUAGUUUGAGCCGCUGUGAGUAAAACAGUAUACACUGUAAGGAAAUGGCCUUUGCUAGCUCCCAAAGGGUUGUCUGGGAAUUAUCCAUGGAUUGAGGCCUGGGAAACAAUUAUCAAAAGUUACUUCUUCUGAAAUUUCAAAGUUAUAAAUCGGCGGUUUAAAGUGGAAAUAACCGUGUUUAUUCAUGUUAUGUGAAGGACAGCUGUUAAAAUAACAUAAAGCGGUUAUAAUUCAGUAGAGAAACGUCCGUUCAACGUUAACGCACAGGUCUGUAGCCUGACGUUAGGUUACCAUGCACUACCGCUGGAAAAUAGAGAGUCCUCAUGCAGACUGAGCUGUGUUCAGUGUGAGAAAGCUUUUCCAUUAAAUCAAAAAGUGAAAAGUUUGUCAUUUGCCUUGUGCCUAUGAACUUAAAACACAUAUCACAACGUUGCCAUAAGUCAUAAAAUGUCUAUUCUUCUUUGUAAAUGAAAAAAAAAAGAUGUACAAAAAAGUCUAGAACCAAAAUGUAAGCUUAACCUUUAUGUCUUAAUAUCUUCAUAUCGUCAUAACCACCAAUGUGGUUUCACUUGAGCGACGUCAUUCCUCGACUAUAUCUUACUUAUUUAUUCAAGAUAGUGUCCUAAUACCUAAAACUCAUGCACAACUCUAUUUAAUCACGUUUUACACCGAAUCAAUCAUUGCUUUAUCAAUACUCUCUUAAUCACUGGAUCUGAGUCAAGUCUGAUUACUCAUACAUUAUUAGUCAGAUUCACUGAGAGGACUGGGGGAGGGAAACUGUUAGAGCACUUAACAAAAAACACUUGUAAUAAUAAAUAUUAGUUCAGAUGUGUCAUAUUACUUUGAUCCCUUGGGCUGGUACAGACUGAAGCUGUCCACUGUGUCAAGGUAGUUUUGUUAACCAUUCAAAUCACAAAACGGCUUAUUGUUCACAGUAAUAUGAAAGAUGACACAGACUUUAGCACAUUACAUUCUACCAUAGGAGCACAGAGAAACAUAUAAAGCAAUUUCCAGAUCAUUGACUCAGUUCAACUAAAUUUGAUUUCAACAGGUGCAGUCAAGACCACCUGUUCCUUUGCUGGGUUCUUAAAGUUAUUUGAUAAUUCAGAUCUCAGCUUACUUUGUAUUUAAGGCAAUGAAUCGGCUAAACUAGCCAGACUGGAUUUACUAUUUUCCAAUCAGGUCCUGGUAUUGAUUAAGUUUUAAAAAGCAAUGAUAAAAAAUUACAUUUACUGCUCGCAACUUGCAUUUAAUAGCUGCUCAUAAGCUCAGCAGAGGGGGAAGAAAAGCAAAUCAAUCAUUGUUGUCAUUAUCUAAACUGCGCAUUUCAAGGCUGUUUUGAAAACUAGAGUUUUUGAGAAUAAAAACAAGUAGAAUAAAAAUUAUCGCUUUCACUAAAGGGUCUGUGAGCUGAGCCAUUACUAACAUUGGGUUAUGUUAGCAGUCACACAGUAUGCUAUGUUGGUUCAGACAUCUUUUGACAUAUCGUGGUCAAAGUUGUAAAAUAUCCAUACAGGGUAAGCGGUAUGCAGAUAUUACAAACAGAAAAAACAACAAUAAUGAAUGAUAUAUUCUGGUUUCUAAAGGGUUUUUUUGUAUCUGUGCAUACUAAACCUGAGCUUAAAAUGGUUCAACCAUAGACUGUAUAGACAACUUUGUUCCGCUUUCCACCUGGAUACGGAAUCGAAGCCAAAAAGCUCUCGGUAUUUCUGGGAUUUUUCUUCAUUUCCUGAAACCAGUGCUGCGCAGGAUCGUUGUGCACUUUCAGCGGGAGAGUUGCUGUGAUGACGCUCAGCUCAAACAGCCCCGGGUAUCCCCCGGGUGAGCUACGCAAUCCCUGAACGCCAAUAGGCUGUAUCAGGUGUCAAUCAAAGAAAUUAUGAACCCCCUAACAACUUUUAAAAACAUUCUGUAUACAUUCUAUAUACAGUCUAUGGUUUCAACCUUUUGACAUUAUUACAUUUAAUACUUGAGCAGUAUUAAUGCUUUAAACAGUGGAGUGUGCAACCGCUAAGGAACUGGUUCAAUGUUAGUAACCUAUUCAAAAUAAAUCAACAGAUCUCCUUCAGUACAGGCAUUUUUAAGUCCCCGCCUUUGUUAGGCUAGCUUGUCAUGCUACAGUUAACUUACCGGAAAUCAGUAGGAAACUUUAUGAAGCUUCAUAACUGAAAGUGAAUUGUUUGAACCAGAGGUUGGAUGCAUAUGUGAUGAACAUCCACUGACAAACUUUGGGGUUUAGCAUUGAAGUAUAUCUUAAUCCGUGGAUAGGCUUUAUUUAAUUUAAUACCUGAAAGUGUGUCCUGUCCUUAACAUCCAUUUAUCAUGUGUGGACUGAAGUGGAAAGUCGAGCCGAUCUGUCUGUUUCAGCUCAAUACUGCCGAGGUCAUCUGUAGAAAGCUCGGUGUUUGGACUGUUAUUAUGGAUUAUGUUUGUUGUCAGCGACAGAUGUUAAACAGCAGUUUGACGAGCCCUGUAUUACUUGUAGAUUUUUGUACAUCGUGCACAAUUUCUGGAUGUCAUGCUGUCACCAUGAAAAAAAUGUAUUUGUGAUAGGCAAGGGUUUACCAGGGAACUAGAUCAGCAGAGCAACAGGUGCUGCAGUGCUCUUUACUGCCCUGUCACUUUUUUUACGUUUCAGCGUUAUGUUUUAUGGAUAUACAAUAAUCAUAGUGUCUGUCCUGUUCAGAAAUGACUGUUCACAGUGCUCUGAAGUGUGAGACAUUACCUACAGUUCGACACAGCGUGGGGUAUGUUGUAGGCUGGUGUGAAGGUUCGUAGGAUCUGCGUCUGUUCGGCUGCGUUACUAUUUCUGGUGGCAGCAGAAAAGGCUGUGGCCAACACUCUGCAGCCAGCUGUGGGGUGAAACAGCCGGGUGUCAGGUUGUAAGCUGAGAUAGGCCGUGUGCAGAAAUGGAAAGGGCUCAGUAUUUAGAGCUUGAGUCUGCUGGAUAGUGCCCUCAACUUUUUCCAUUGUCCCAUUGUGUGAAUGGGGGUUCUUGCUGCAGGAGCUUUCAGGCUUAAAGAGCGAGUUAACCUGCUUACACUUGAGGCCCAGACCUAAUGUUUGCUUUAACUUCACAGUUUCCUUUCAUGUCUCAGGCACUUGAAGAGCCCUCUAACAAGCUCAGCAUGUGUAGGUAACCGUUGCUUUGCAAUAAUUAUUUCAAAGUUUUCUGGCGCUUUUCAAAUCUGUCAUGACUAUUAAUAGUCUUUUUUUUAUGUUUCUAAGUGUAAACAACUCCUUUUCCAUUCAUCUAAAUGGAUAAGGAGCUUUUUAAACUUUUUGUUAUAUAGAACAAAAUGUGUCGCUCAAGUGUUUAAGCUAGUCUCCAAUCGAGUGUAAGCAUUAAACACUUCACAAAGCAGCUUGCAGCAAAGCCACACUGAUAAGCACAAGCUCCCUCCAUCCAUCAGAAUCUGUACGCAUUGUAGUGAGAGUGGAAACCUUUUCUUACAACUCCUCCUUCACUCGUCCUGAGUCCUGGUGUGGCGUCACUCCCCCUGACAAGGCAAUACAUUAAAGCAGCUGAACUGACAAGGCUCUUACAGGUAAAAGAGCGACCCGCGGAAGUAUUGCACUCAGUGAGAAACCAAAGGUGAAAACAAUCCUGCAAAAGAGUGCCUGCUCGCUUUUCUUUGGGUUUUCUGCCUGUGUUUGAUCUUGAAGCGCAGACAUUGUGGGUCUACAGCCUGAUUUAUUUCCAUCUUAUCUGAUUGGCCUUUCAUGGAUUUCCUUGCAUUGUUGCGCAGUAAAAUAGGCCCUUUUGGGUGUCCUCAUGCUGUCCUUAAGCCACGCUGGGCAGUCCACUACAGUGCAAACAAGUUUUGCAAAGCAGAGAGCUAAAGAAGAGAACUUCUCCCCCCCUCACAGCUCUUGCACUUCCAGGAGUUGUGACCUCCAUUUUACCUAUGAGUCAUCAAGGAGCCUCUGGACCAGGAUAUGUGCAAACUAUAGUUUCCUCUGAAAUGAGUACCUAUAAAGGAGAGAGGGAGGUUUAGCCAAGGCUGGGAAAGGUUAUGAGUGAGCACAUAGAAAUCCCUUAUCUUACCUAACGUGAUGAAUUAGUCUAACAUAAAUCUGUCUGCCAGAAGCAGAGCAGAUGAUUUCAGAUUUUCCUCCAGGUAGCUAUUAAGCCGAGGCUCCCAGAUACUAAAGCAGCUUGUCUCCUGAUCAAUUGAGUUAGCGGAUGGCAGCCUGUAUAAUGGCCCCUGCGUAUGAUCGCUGCUGCCGAGUGAAUAAUCGUUUCUGCACUUGGAGGAAAGCAGACACGGUUUUGUUUGAGGCAAGGAUGCUACAGCUGUGAAAUAUCGCCAAAUUUAUGCCCAGUAUAUUUCUCCCAUAUUCAUCAAAAUGGUUAUUAACCGUGGUUUAUAAUUCCAUUAUGCUGGCAGUUUGAGAAGCACCUCAAAACUGGAGAGGGCCUGCAGAAAGCAGGUUCAUUAAUUAGAUUGAAGCGUAGUUGAUUAGAGGGAGCUAAAAGCGUCUGCCUCGAACACGAGCUUUGCUUGUAAGUAGCAGCUCUGAUUAUUUUAGGGUCAGAGUUUCUCCUUGAAGGGCAUGGGUCGUUUUUGAAAGCAGGUAAAACUAAGAAGAUUUGCACCAACUUCACUCUUUUUUUCAAUAUCCUUCAUUGGAAACAGACUGGGGAGGCUGCCUGCUGAGCUGGCAUUAGUGACAUCAUGUUACUGUUUGUUUACAGUUUCGCCAUCUUUGAAGGUUAACAGGUGCUCACCUUUAGACUCACUGUUGUGCUUCGAGUUUUUAUCCUAUUGUGAAGCUCUGCAGCCUGGUGUGGUGGAGCGCAAACUUUGAAGGUUGAUAACUGAUUAGCUCACGUGUUCACUUGGGUGCCAAACACACCCUGAAACUUCAUCUUCAUCCCCGUCACUCAGACUUGAGUGGACGUGGGGGCACAAUGGGCAGUCAGUGUUUUGUUUUUAACUCAGGUUAAUUUUAGACUCAGCCUCUCCCUGGAGAAAGAUUAGGUCCCAUUCUGGGCCGCUCUGACCUCACAGCGUUAAAGCUAAGAGGGAUUUGGCCGUCGCUGCUCGGACAGUUUAUCCUCCUUGUUGAUGUCAACGGUCUGUGUUAGAGCGAGCGUGCAAAAUGAGAGAUACAAGCGGAGUGAAUGAACGGGGCUUCGGACAGAGCCUCUGCCAGCUGUGGUGUUAACUAACCUCUGUGGAUAUCCUUUUGCUUUUACUCAGCAGCAAAACUUGAGUGGAGUUUAUGUGAUGAUAGUCUAGUUGGGCAGCAGAACAUGCGUGUACUGGUUUGUUCAACUGAUCUAGUGAUGGAGUCGGAUGAAAGCGAUGACGUGACGGUAAGCAAAAAAGACAGAAUCUGAGGAUCUUUUUUUAUUGUGUUGAUCUUUCUUUUGCUGUUUUCAUUUUCAAACAGUUGCCUAAUAAUCCCCCCCUCAUCAACUGCAAGUGUUUUCUAUGACAGUAAAGUAAAUGGUGGCUUGAGUGCAGAUCUAGUGAUAUCACAGAGGUUUGUUGGUCUGCGUCUUAUUAUGCCAUCCUUUCAUUAAUAGAAUAAAUUCAUUCCCUUAAACUAAACAGAGUCUGUUUUUAGAGGACACACAGCUCUGCUUUAGCUUUUUUAUUUUACUCAUUUUGUUCCUUGUUUCAUCUGGAGUCCUGAUUUGAGGUUAUACAUUUUGCACCGGAGAUUUUUCCAAAACAUCUGAGCUCAUGGAUCUACAAUAACGACCAUGAACUUUGCAUGGCAAAUUGAAUAAUAUCAAUCGUGUUCGCUAUGAUUGCUCACAGGUUCAGGUUCUAUGAUUUGGUUUAUUGUAAAGUGUCUGGAAAGGUCAUGUUUUCCCACUUUUGAAUAAAAUUGGACGAUGUUUUCGUAGCGGAGACCCAAGAAGCAAUAACAGAUUAUUCACAGUCAUGCUCGGGUAAUCACAGGUGUAUUCUUUGAUCAACAAGUGUCAUUGGUGCAACACUCAAUUCAUGGUCAACUCUAAAGCUGGGGCCAUUCAGGAAGUCUCUCCUAAUCCCUCUUUAGUAACAGUGACGGCUUUGCGGAUGCAGGUAAAUGUUGAGUGACAGCAGCAGUUAAACACCACGCACACAGGCUGGCUCAAGUUCAAAACACUCCACAACACUGGCUUGACCCUGAGACUGUCAGGGCACGCUGCAGGACUCUCUGAUCUCUAAGUCUCAUGUUUGGACCUCUUCAGUGCAUUACAAGAAAACAAGCAGGUGAUUUAUCUUGAAAAAAUUCAAAUUAAUUCUGUUUUUGUGCUUUAAUUUAGUUAAUAAAUUGAUCCUAUCAAAAAAAAAAAGACUAAUGCUCCAUCCUAGACUCUGACCUGACCUGACCAGAGGCUCAUUUAUACAACACUGUCUGAAAUGCACAGGUAAAGAGGGUGAUUGUCCAGGCUUAAGUGUCAUACACUUUAAUCCUGUACGUCCUCAACCAGACGGUUUCAUAUUUGCAGGAUAAACUCAACAGCAUUAGCCAUCCCCUUCUUUAGCACGGUCUGUAUCAGCAGUGACAGGCUUACUCUCCUCCUCAUGAUCAAUGCAUGCCGAUGAUGCCGUAGUAGAUGACGACAUGUUUGCAGAGACAUACCAGACUUUAGUCAGACUUUGUUGACAUACAGGUUGACACAAACAUUUGCCCAUUGAGCUUAAAACUUAUGUCAGGGUAUAGUAGUAAACAAUGUGAUUCCAUCUGUAUCUGAAUUUUCUUAACGUGUUCUUGAUUGAGCUGAUAAGAUGUUGUUAUGUAUGCCACACUUAAACAAACUUGUAUGUCUAUUGUUUAUUUUAUCAUACUCAUCAGCGCCGGUUGAGCAUCAUACAGUUUGACACGAAUCUUUGUUAAUUUAGCUCAACUAACCAGACCAGGCCAACUAGCAGGUUCCAGCUCAGAUAGAUAACGCUCACAACAUGUCAAUGCUCAUAGACUGACAGGGAUGUAUGCAGAACUGAAUAUCUUGUAGGACUAAUUUGAAUUGGUACAUAUAAUGUUGCACUCUCAGUAAAUACAUAAUUGGGGGUCUGUACUUGAAAGCAAGAGUUGUGGUUAUCAGGGUAACUUAGGGGUUUUUCGAAACUCCAAGUAGAGCAGAGGACUGAUUCUCGGCCUUGGCCUGUUAUGGAGGCUGAUUUUUGGCCAAGGUCAGUUAACUAGUGUAGUAUCAGUAUUAAAUUUUACAGGUGGCUAAUUAAUGAGUUUAAAAGUGUUCGACUUUGGCUCCACAGUGUGCAUGUUUCCCUCCGGAUCUGUUUCCAGUCAUUACUCUGCUUUACCCAAUGUCCCUCCUGUAAUGCUGUUUGAUUGGCUUGACGUCACAGCGGCAGAAGGGUGUGUGACAUAACUGUACUGUGAGUUUAAGUGGGUAACUGUUUACUCCUGUGACAUUGAAAGUUUUGACUGUGGUCAAACAUUUAGUGUCGGAGUUUGUAAUACUCCAAAUCUUCUUAUUUCUUUUCUGGUUCCCAGUAUCGGUUAUCAGUCCCAGGAACUUCAUGAAAACAGGGUUCCUACACCUUUGGAAUUGCCAAACUUUUCCAUACUCGACUUUUUAAGGUCCUUACACACCGGGACUGUCAUUUUGGUGCGAUUAUUUCUGACGUCAAUAUUUUUUUCGAACCUGUAUCCUGUCAAUACAAGCGUUCACAUCAUCGACGUUUUCCCAUCCUACGAUAUUGCAGCAUUUAUUUUUCGUAUCAUGGUUGAUUUUUCUUAAGUUUUGUAUACUGUGUGUCCACUUCUGAUCAACCAGAUUGCGUGUUGUUGCGAAGUCAGAUUCACGGUAUAUACAAUAUGGCCGACUGGCUGGCUGUUUACAUUUCGGAGAACAGAGUGCUUUUUGAUAAAAGACACAAACAUUACAAGGAUAACGACCUGAAGGAUAGUUUGUGCACUUAAACAGUUUGCUAAACGUCUUUGUUUUAACUUUAAUCUAUGCUAAGUAACUUUAGCUUGUAAGCUAACCUGUUCAGAUAUGUACUUUCACUGUCUCAAACUCAAUCGCGUUGCUGUCACAGCACCAUUAGGUCUCGGUUGUUACCUUAUGUUUAUGGAUUAUAGUUUAAUGUGCUUAUCUGGUACUGGCCUCGACUCAGUACAUGCUAUCAUGACAGACAGCCAUCUCAACACUAGAGUCUAAUCAGAACUGAAAAACAGUCAGUCUGCUGUUGGGUCAGUUUUCUCGCUUCCACCCGGGACGCGUCUUUUUUGCCCCCGGAAAGUGGCAAAAUCUCAUCAGGCUUGAUGUGUAUAGUCAGGCGCGUCAAAAUUUGCCUCUGAAUAUUUCGUAAUUUCGCGUUGGGUAUUUGCGUCGGUCCUGGUGUGUAAGGAUCUUUAGAAUUAUUACAGUACUUUAGAACUGCGGUUAUAGUCUGGAAACAUAAAUAUUAUUCCAUACUUUUUUUUUUCAUUUUCCAUAUUUUGUAAGAGCUGGAAAUUGAUCAAGUUUAUUUCCACACUUUUCCAUACUUUACAUACUUGCGAAGAAACCCUGUGAAAAACAAAUAUCAACCCCUUAUAUGAAGGUGGUUCUCUUCUUACCAAGGUAGGUUACCAUGGUAAUAAGGAGGUUAGAGGUUAGUUUGUAGAAAAGUCCACUGUCUUAUAAAUCAUUUCUAUUGAUCAUGGAGCUCUGUGAACAUAUCAAAAGGAAAGGGGUGUGAGAAACAGACAGGAUGCUUUAUCUUACACAUAAGUCAGAGUAACUGAUGUUACUUUUCUGAUUUAAUCCUUUGUAAGAGCAACAUCAGAGAAGUCCGACAAUUAUGCGUACCUAUUACUUUGAAUGAUGUUUUCUUUCCCAUUUGUAUCUUCUCCUUGUAACUCCCUACAGCUGAAAUAUCUCCUCUAAAACUGUCAGACACUCCACAAGAAUAAGUCUGAGCAACAAAUCGGUUUUAGGAAAUAAGCAGGAGAUGUUGUUUCAUCUUUGGUGCAUUGAUGGGAGAGCGCUAAGCGAUUGUAAGUCUUCAUUUGUGCAUUGACUGGAGAGGUUUUACUCUCAUCUGACAGUUCUGACUUCAUUCUGAAAACACAGCUGUGAAGUGUUUUCUUUUCUGGAUUAUGUGGUUAAAUUUGUCAUAUUUCACUAAUAAGGUUUGUUCCAUGUUUAAAAAACACAAUGAUUGUUGGCGGUAAGCUUGUUCUCAACUGUGAUUGGUCUUGUGUAUCUAACACAGCCCUCAUUCAUGUGAACACACACCCACAGUGACUCCGCGUUGACUCAUCAGGUUGAUAACCAGCUUGGUGAAACUCUUGUGCGUGGUUUUCUUCUUCGUCUCUUGAACUUGUGUUAUCGGCCCCAGGUGGUAUUGCAGACAAAAUACCUCAGUCACUCUGUCAUCUGUAUUUAAACCCUGACUCUUGAUAAAAAUGGGGAAAAAACUGGAUUUUAUUUUGGAGCAGUUGCUCAAACUGUCGGGGGGAAAACCUGCAGUCGUCGCAGUACUGUGGUUUAUAACUGUUUGUAUUGACAAGUGUCGUUUAUUAAGAGCCGCUCUAAAGAUGCCAGUCUGCUGCUGAGUCUGUUUGUUGACUGAGUUACUGACCUCCCUGUGUCCUCUCCUCCUCUUCCUCCUCCUUCUCCCUUGCUGACUUCCUCUUAAUUUUCUCCUCGUCUCCUCUUUUCAUUCUCUUCAUCUGUCUUUCUCCAGGGGGAUGCCAGGGGCCAGAUGGUGGCGGAGCGGCUGGGUCUGGGGCACAACCUGGACCUGUCAGACACCAUGGUUCAGCAGAAACUGGACGAGAUCAAGGAGCAGAUCCGCCGAGAGAUCCGCAAAGAGCUAAAGAUCAAAGAAGGAGCUGAGAACCUACGAAAGGUAGAGCCGUUGGAUUGGCUUUUCAAGUCUUUCACGCAGUUUCAUCGACAGAGAGAGUUUUUGUCAGAGUGAAAAGUUAAAAUCAAAGAAGAUGAUGUCAUGACCCAAUCCAUAGUGUGUCUCUGUCUUAGAAAAACACUGUCCUACACUACCCAUUAGUCAAUCAAUGCAAGUAGUUCUCCCUUUGACCGCUUCACCAACACUCUGGGACGAAAUGAUCGAUUUUCCUCUUUCAAAUUAUCUCAAAUGUCUGUCAGAUUUUCCAGAGUCUCAUCUUUUCUUCUUCCCUCAGGUCACAACAGACAAGAAGAGUCUGGCAUAUGUCGACAACAUGCUGAAGAAGUCCAACAAGAAGGUCGAGGAGCUUCACCAGGAGCUGCAAGAGCUCAACGCCCACAUCGUGGUCAAAGAUCCCGAAGAACUGCUAGGUAACAGACCGCAGAGUCGCCCCACAGGGUUCAGCAAACACAAGCGAAGCAGUGAAAACAGUUAAUGCGAGUUAACGUUACACCUAAUAUCAAAUAAACAGAGUGUCUUUGUUCCUGAUUCUUUACAAGCUUCAUAUCAGCUGGGGUUACUCUGAGCCAACACUUCUUUAGUUCAUCUGUUCAGCCUCCUUUUACCCUCUGCCUGUUUUGCCAUUUUUCUGACACAAUCGUUUGAGUUCUUUUAAUUUGGGUCAAAAGUCAAAUUGUGUAUUUGAUAUCUCAGAAACUACCAAAGUAUAUUCCUGUUUUUUUGUGGUGUUAUAUCUUUUCUAUAAUCGAUUUAGAUGUAACCUCUCCUUUUUUACAUAAGCUUAAUUAUGCUGUUUUUUUGUGUUCAAGGCAAGAUAGUCUUUCAGAUGUUUCCAGCAUACCUCCCACUCCAAAUUUAUCCUGUAGGAUAUGCAUGCAUGCAUGGAUGGAGAUGAACUGUAGCUCAAGGGUUACAUAGCUGAAUUUUAACCUUAUUUUUCAUACUGUUGGGUAGGGGUGAUAUCGGAUAUUGGUCUGAUAUCGGCAAAAAAAAAAGAAAAUCGUAUUAUAUUGGCCUGCAUCUAAAAUCUCAGAUAUCGGCACUCCAAUACAAGCAGUCCAUUUCAGACUCCGCUCUGGCACCUCUAUCUAGCAGCACCCUAAUCCAGCAAGCUGCGCCCACAAAAUCACAACAACAGUGUGUACUAAAUCAGUGGUUCUCAAGUCCAGUCCUCGAGGCCCACUGUCCUGCAUGUUUUGGAUGUUUUCCUGCUCCAACACACCUGAUUCAUAUGAUUAGCUCGUUAUCAAGCUCUGUAAUGGCUUAAUAACGAGCUGAUUAUUUGAGUCAGGUGUGUUGGAGCAGGGAAACAUGCAGGUUAGUGAGUUAGCUUAGUUAGUAAGUUAGCUUACGUUAGCACAGAUAAAAGUUCAAACAAAACGUCAAACAAAACUGUCCCAGUGUGUAAGGACCUUAAGAGUGAUGUUGGCCGUGUGGUAGUAUUUUUCUUGUUGAAGUCUGAAUAAGACAUUGCAGCUGAGUGAAAAACUGUGCCAAUAUCUGAUCAAUAUUGGUAUCGGUCAAUAUUGAAGGCUACAAUAUCGGUAUUGUAUCGGAAGUCAAAAAGUUGUAUUGGGACACCCCUGCUGUUGGGCAUAAACUGCAGCAACGUUGUUCCUGUUCAGGAACAGGGUUGUAUAUGUUGAUAAAGAUGUUGUAUAUAAAUACAGAUAAGAAUCAUUUCCUUUAUACUUUACAGUUUGUUCAUUUUAUGUGUGAUUGGGUAGCUUCUGCUCUGUUUGUCCUUGAGGUUGUGUUUCCUUAUUUGCUCACUCCUAAAAGUUUUUGCAGGGAUAUCUGAUCUAAGCAGACAGUUGAAUUGUGAUUCUGCCUCAGCAUAAUAUCAUAAAACAACCUUCUCCUAACUCCAGUUUCAGAUGUGACUGUCAUACUCGCUCCUGCAGCUGCAGAAGUAUCGUUUGGUAAAUACUCGAGUGGACAUAGUGUCACAGCAGCACCUAUACGAGCACACAAACACACACACAGAGCUCAUUGAGUGUUUGGAGGUGACUCACUCUCCAGAGGCUGACAUUGUUACAUUCCACAUUCCACCAACGGCUACAAUGAGCUGUCGAUUGUUCCCCUCCACGGCCGUUGAAAGCCUGCUCCUGUGCGUUUGUCCACAACGGCCGUGUACGUUCGUUUUUUGUUACAGUAUUUGCCCCAUCAGUGUAGUGUUUGUCGGCGGCGAGUGAAUUCAGGAAGAGAAGGAAUGGCAUUUGUCCGCGUGUUAGCAUCACAUCCCCCCAGUCUGUCUGACAUUAGGAAGUAGGGGAGGAUGGAUCUGUGUGUGUGUGUGUGUGUGUGUGUGUGUGUGUGUGUGUGUGUGCGCGUCUGCUGGAGAAGGGAAGGGAGGCUGUCUUGGUUAAUGGUUAUCUUAAGUGGGAACAAAUUUAGCCUGACUCGGUGACUCUUUAUCUGAUGAACGAAGGCUUUCUUUUUUUAAGUGAUGCGACGCCAGUGGAAUGUCGCUGCCUGUUGCAAAAUGAUGGCAAGGGACUGAGGCCAGGUCAGCUUUGUGGUCAUGAGACACACUUAUUAAAAUCCGAGUGAUGACUGUUAACUCCUGGAUGAGUAAGAAAGAGUCGUGCUGUGAAAGUUGAGAGGGGGUCUGGUUAUUCUCCGCCUCUCGGCUGAGGCAGCAAACGGACGAAGUCACUCUCGGGCGGCAUCUGGGAGCAGCAGAUAUGUCUAUGAUCUCACUCACGAAGAGACUUGCCCUAAGACUACAAAUCUCGACAUGGUGCUCUUCUCCAGCAGCUUUCAUGUUCUAUCUGAACCCCUCCCAGUGCUACUUUUAGGUCCAGCUCUCCCGAUCAUGAUGUAAUUAUUUGGAGAGGAUUGUUAGCACAUUCCUUUUUUGCCUUCUCAUCAGAUAAACACACGGGGUUAAUCUGAGGGAGGGUUCCCCCUGUCAGCCAUCCAGCUGUGACAUCAGCCCCGCAGCUAUUCAGUAGCUUGGUAUCUGGUCCUCUGGUCGAGCGCGGGCUGAACCACGCUGGGAGGGAGGGGCCCGGUGCUUGAAUUCUUGGCUCGAUGCAACCUUGACCAAACAAACCCCUCCAACGCGGAGAGGAAACACCACGUCGAGUGGAUGACCUAAGCAGCCGUUUUGCAUGUGUGUCUCUUUCUUAUGACACUGACCUAACGUGAUCUUUGUGCAGCAGCUGUGACAGCACAAACUCCUCUUACGCAAUAUGAGCGCCAGAGUCAGUUUUGCCUCGAGCUCCAGUUAAAAUUCACACUUUGCUCCACUUCUUUUUUUUCACAGCUGAUCCAGCAAGAGCCCGCUCUGAUUUUUCUUGUAGCUCUGCUGCUCCCAUUGUUUUUGUAAGUGAGUUUCUAUGUGUGUGUGGUUUGCUCCAAGAAAAUGAAUUUCCUCCCCCAUCAGAGAGAUCGGCGUUGAUGCCCUCGGCUUAUUAAGGGUCAUUAAAUGAAUCAUUUAAAGCCUUCAGUUCAAAGACUCUCAGAGUUUUGCCCAUAUCCUGCAGGUGUUCAGAGGGAUCUUGUGAUGAAUCACAGACCCACCUGCUGUUGUGUGUUUUUUUAAUCUCUCAAAAGAAGUGAUUUUCCUCAUCAUUAGUGUUACUUCUUCUAAACUCAGUCAGGCUUUCACCCUCAGAGAAAUCCGUUUUUGUUGAGGCUAAUUUUUUUUAUUUUAUAUAAAUUCUGAUAUUUUAAGAAUAGAUCAAUCUAAAGUUCCCAUGAGAAAAAGUCCCUUUUUUUCUUUCUUUGGAUGAGUCUCUCUGUCAGGAAUUUAUCAAGCGGAGUCCCCUUUAUGACACACAGAAACUAAACUUGCAUGUCAAGUCAGGAGAAGUUAGGCAGGUUUUUUUGCCCACCUCACGUGUGUAUGUGAUAAUUUUUCAUGCUCUGCUGCUGUGAUCAGUGUGGGGAGGGGUUUUUCUCUCUGCCCUUCUUGUCCAGACUUGACAAAAAAAAAAAAAAAAAAACUCAAGAAAACAAUGAGCUCAUCGCCUAGAUUUGCGGUCAGGGGUUAGAGGACACGAGGACACUUGUUUUGUAUUCACAUUGUGUGUCCAGAGAUGCAGUUAAUAACUACAAAUAAACUUAACUUCUAGUAAGCAGAAAUCCUGGAUGCUUAACCCAGCUUUAACACCAUGUCAAGUAUUGUCUGGUUGUCCAGACUGCAUUAGGUUUCUAACCAGCGAGCAUAACUCCAAAUAAAAUCUGGAUUUCCACUGAUGUGAUUCUGUCUUAUCGACAUUGUCUUGACCACAUUUGCAUAGAUGGUUAUGUCACCAUUACUGUAAUAGUUGUCGGCAAGUUCACUCUUGUUCCCUUUUUUUUCUUUGUUUAUUUCCAGUGACUUAAAGUAGAGAUGGCUGUAGGGUUUCCUUCUGCUGUAGAAGUUUUGUGAGAUAUCAGGAGAGAGAAACCGAAAAUGAAUUUGAACCAUCAGAGUCACAGGAAUGAUUUUGAUCUUUUUUUUUUUUUUAAUUUAGCCUUUAUUUAACCAGGUUAGUCCCACUGAGAUCACAAAUCUCUUUUACAAGGGAGACGUGGCCAAGAGGGCAGCAGCGUAGUUCCUACAAUAGAUAAUAUUCACAACAUCUCAACUUUAAAACAAUCUCACAUAAAACAUUUACACACAGAUGAGGUGGAUUGAAAUCAUUUCACCAUAGCUUUCAAUUCAUUUAGUGUCACAAGAGCUUGAAGGCAAAGUUCAGACUGUAGUUUGAAAACCUAAAACCCUUCUUGCCCAGUUCAGUUCUUACUUUGGGGACAGCUAACCGCAGAACAUCCAGAGAUUGUCACUGUGAUGCUUUCUAUUUGUGAUUUGUGUCAGCUGAUUCAGGCUCUGAUGUUUUAUGAUCACAUGUUUUAAUUGCCUGUGUCUGAAUAAUGGAGCCUAAAAAGUGUGAUUGUAGAGGACAGAUCUGGUCUUAUAGAAGACCCUCCCUAACACCACACAUCAAUCUUAAACUUCAAUGUUGUUAACCUGAGUCUUGUAAUAACAAAACUGUUCAUUAGCCCUCUCUGGAUCUAUUGUACAACUUCUGAGGCUGCUGCCCGGCGUGUGGCUGUAAACAGUGAUAGGUCAUUUCACUGAGCGUCGUCAGGAUUGUUUAUCUCACUCCAAAAUGGCUGGCAGCCAAAAAUAGCACUCACAUGCUGAGUUACUGUUUACAGUCAGUGUAUUUUUGUGACAAACUUCAGUAACACAUGCAGAGUCAUAUAUCAGUAAGAGGGUAAUGUACUUUUUUUUUCCUCUUCUCUCAGAUUGCCCUUUGACCCCUGAUACCCCCAACAGUGAGGCGAGAAUGUGCACAAGCAGCAGCCGCCUGGCCGCCCUGAAAAGACAGAAUGACAUCGAGCUCAAAGUCAAGCAGGGAGCAGAAAACAUGAUUCUCAUGUACUCCAAUGGACCCUCCAAGGUAGGUGUCAGGAAGUGAGGGGAGAAAGGGAGGGGUCACGUGACUGUCAGUGUAUCUACAGGAGCGAGGCAGAUGUAUCACAGAUUUAACUAGUUGAGAAAACCAAGAUAAACAGCAAAGUUCAGCCCUAAAAGAACAGAUUCAGUUUAUGAAACAACUUCCUGGUUUAGCUCUGGAUUACUGCGCUGGUAUACAAACAUCCUGAGCAAUCAGAGGGUGCUGGUUUCAUUUCUGUCUGACAUGCGCUCACUUUUUAGUUUAAUCUCUCACUUAAUACAACGGGCAUCAGUUUUCUGAUCCUUGUGGCUCAUAAGCUUCCUGAAAAAGAAAACAUUUUGAAUGAUCGCCUAUAAUUUCAGGUUUACCUUGAUUACAAGAAGUCAGAAGUAGGGCCCGACCGAUAAGGAUUUUUUGGGGCCCGAUGCCGAUACGGAUUAUUAGGUAUCGGCAUCAUUUUGGCUGAUUACUGAUUAGUGUCAAAUGGGCUAAAAUUGGCCGAUUUAAUUGGCUAGCCGAUAAAUCGGUCGAGCCCUAGUCAGAAGCCACUGUUUGAGAUUGUCUGGCUGUAAGGUGUUGUCAGUAAAAUUUCUUGUAUCCAAUUAAAAACGGGGUGUACACUUGCGUCAAUCCAAAUGUUUAAGGGAAAAUAUUAAAACCAAUAGAAAAAUGUCAUUUAGGACCUUUUAAAGAGGUUACAUACAGUUACAUCAUUUUUGAAACAACAUGACAAAAAAUCAAGAAGGAUUUUUUUUUAAAACUAGAGUCAUUGCAGCUCUUCUUUUUUAAAUGAAAUGAGGGACCUAAAAAAAACCUUAAACAUAGUAUCCAAAUGUGUUGUCUCACCUCAAAGAUGACACCUCUCUGAUCAGAUGAAUUUGCUUCUUUCUCCACGUUUGCAGAGUUAUCUUUUUUUUUCAUCCUGGAAAUCUUAACAAACAUCUCAUCUCAAGCCAUGAGUUGAAGGACUCAUCUUAACCACUUCUUAUUUAAUUCUAAGGAGAAUAAGAGUUAUUAUGAGAAAGCUACCUGAGUUUAAAUCAUAUCAAAUGAUUUUAAUAAGAAAGUUUGUAACCAGUAUUCAGUCCACAGCUGGUGUAGUGAUGCAUGCUGGGUUUGCUUUUACUGCCUCACUGUAGGGGAGGAGGAAACAUGAGAAGGCGCUGACACAUACUGUGUGUCAUGUGUGCAGAGCUCUUACAGUCCAUGUGGCUCCUCUAAAGCUUACAGAGAGAAACACUGUAAUUUAGUUGGGUGUUGUGCGUGUGUGUGUGUGAUUGUAUGUGUGUGUGUGUGUGAUUGUGUGUGUGUGCACAUACAAGUCACCAGGACUAAUAGCAGCUGGAGGGCUGAGCUGGUCAUGCUCAUCUUGGUCUGUUGUGUUCGUGGUAAUUGAAGCUACUUUGUAGUAAAAGGUUCAGUGGAGUGUCGGCUUUCAGGUCUAUCAGAUCCACUGAGUGUCUGUUGAUAUGUAAGGUAUGAGUGCAGUCCAGUAUCUCAUACCUUUAAGUGGACUUCGACUCUAUGGAUGAUACACUUACUUAGUGUUACUGUGUGGAGAGAUCAGUGUGACUGUCAUGUCUGCUAGAUUAAUGUGUGUUCAUAAGGGGUGGGAAUCACUAGUGGCUCCACGAUACGAUAUUAUCACGAUACUUGGUCCACAAUAUGAUAUUAUCACGAUACUUGGUCAACGAUACAAUGUUAUUACGAUACUUGGUCCAGGAUAAGAUGUUAUCACGAUACUUGGUCAAUGAUACGAUAUUAUCACGAUACUUGGUCCACGAUACGAUGUUAUUACAAUUUUUAACAUUUUGCGAUACAGUGGGUAUUGCGACACGAUAUAUUGCGAUUUAUACCUGUUUAGCUAGUUUAGCAUUUGGCUUCCCUUUCUGUUUGUCUUAUUUACACAGUAUUUUAUUUUCAUGUCGUACAUCUUGCAAACCUUUUAUAUAUUUGUUGCACUAACUUUCACCUGCUCUAUGAUGUCACCUCUGCUAACCUCACUGGACAAACAGUUGAUUUUUUUUUCCAUUAUCAUAGAGUUGACUUCAUAUUGGCAGUUAAUUUGAAAAAUCAGAACUUGGUAAAUGAGAUGAUACGAUAUAUCACCAGACAAAAUAUUGAGAUACUAUGCUGUAUCGAUUUUUUUCUCCCACCCCUAGUGUUCAUAUUGAGCAGCUAGUUAGCUUAGCUGGUAUCACGUCUGAGACUCUGGAGGUAGUCUGGCCCUCCAAAGGUGCCAAACUUUGCUUUUUCAACUCACUUAAAAGUAAGAGAUGUCUUUAUUUCGUUGAGGAAGAGAACAGAAGUAACAAAAUUGUAGACGGUGCAUUUAAACAGGCACUUUCAUUUUCAGCUGUGUACCUCCAGUUUCUAUCGCCCUAGCUUCAUCCCAGGAUCAAACCCAUCCUUCCUCUUUAGAACUAUUUUAAGUUUGUUCAUCUUGAUAUUGCAUCUGAUUUUAUAUUAGACCAAGCACCCUUCAAGUCCCUGAAGUUGACCCAGUCACAUACAAAUACAGGGUACCCAUUCUUAUUCAACUUAGUGUACAAUAAGUGGACCGACCGGGGGCAGGGGGGGUGUAGUGUUUUGUAAGUGACCUCUGCCAUCAGACAGACAGACAGACAAAUAGAGGCACCUUCCAGUUGGAAAUAGUCUUGUCCUGAUGUCAGAGAGGAAAUGCCUGCUGGACGGAGGUCUUUUCCUGAACGCGGCGACAACCAGGAUUUAAACUUCAGAGGAAUUCUGGGUGGAGUUUGCUUACUUCGCCGUACGAGUGCGUGUCUGUGUUAAUGUGUGUUUGUGUGUGUGUGUUUGCAAGUGUGAGAGGGUCAACGGCUACAACACACAAUGAGAUUCCACCGUCUAUUUUUUCAUGGAUAAGACCUUCCGUGUGGUCACUGGUGCUUUAGCUCCUAUUAAGGGCAUGAAGCAGCAUCCUGGCUGUUUGUGAUAUAACAACAAAACACAAUAAGUGACGAAGGAUUGUGAUAAAGUUGUUUCAAUCUCCUUCUUGUUUUUAACCUGGAAGUAAGAUUGCUGUUUCCCUUAAAGGUUGUUAAAUGUGUAUUAAAAUGGGUUUGUAUUGAGUUACUUUCCUGACACAGUCAGUGAUUGUUCCAUCUGUGUUUUUGUUCAUAGGAUCGUAAGUUGUUAGCCACUGCCCAACAGAUGCUCCAGGACAGCAAGACAAAGAUCGAGUUCAUCAGGAUGCAGAUCCUGAAAGCCAGCCAGGCCAGCGAGCUGAGCUUCGAGAGCAAUGAUGUGAUGGGUGAGCCCUCCCUUGAGUUUAGUCUCCACCUAACAGUAAAUCAGGUUUACUCUACAGUUUCACAAGGAAGCACACAAAACACACCUCAACCUAAGAACAAUGCCCCCACCCCACAGACAAGCCCAUCAUCAGCCCGCUGGACCUUCGGGUGGAGGAGCUGUGUCACCACGCAAAGAUAGAGUCUGCUGUAGCCGAGGGAGCCAAGAACGUCAUGAAGCUCCUGGGCUCUGGCAAAGUCACGGAAAAACGAGCACAUUCAGAGGUAGAUGUUUCCGUGGUGUUCUUCUGAGCUUGUUUAUGUUUACGUGAAACUCUUCCGCUCUCUAUGGAUUCUAACAUCAAACUGUUGACUGCAGCUGUGCUCUAGCAACACCAAAAUGGACCACAUUAUAAUUGUGUCUCUCUUUCAAAUCCUCGGUCACUCAUUCUCUUUCCUUCCUCCUCGCUCUCCUCUCCAGGCCCAGGCUCGUUUCAACGAGUCCAGUCAAAAGCUCGACCUGCUGCGAUAUUCCCUGGAGCAGCGCCUAAACGAGCUGCCGAAAAACCACCCUCGCAGCAUCAGCAUCAUCGAGGAGCUGUCCCUGCUGUCCUCACCAGCUCUCAGUCCCAGAUCCAGCAUCAUCUCCACACAGAACCAGUACAGCACCGUGACCAAACCCGCCGCACUCACAGGUAAACAUUCGUAUUUAUUUGUUUUUAAAAACAGUAAAACGUUUGAUUAAAAAAUGAAAUGACAGCCAAUCACAGAAGCCCAGCAGUGUCUGUGUUGUGAUCCUCAAGUUUGUUUUCUCCAAUAUACGAUAGAGGAAACAGUCAUCUCCCCCUGACUCUGUCCUGCAGUUGUUUAUGUCUGAGAGAUUCUGUUUCAAAAGGCUGCAGGUAGCUUUUAACUGCUUCUCCUGCUGUUUUCAUAACCCUGAGAUCCCCAGAAACGUCUCUUAGCCAUCACAAAACUUUUCACAGUGUUUUAACAUCAAAGAAAAAUACGAUUUGUGUCUGAGGUUUGUCACAGUAUCCUCAACAUUACAAGGGUGUAUGUUUUUUUUUUUAUUGUUAAUUUUUUGUAAUAGGUUAAAUUUUUUUUAAAAAGACAUUCCUCCAGCGUAAUUCCCUACACUUCCUGGAAAUCCUCUGUUUUUGUUUUGUUGUGAAGAUGUUGUACUUUGGCCUGUACCAGAAUUAAGGUUCUUUUCAACCCCCCAAAAAAACCCAAGAGGCCCAGGCUUUGCUUUCUAGUAGGUUAGCUCAUUCUCCAUCCUCCAGGAAUGCAACAAGAGGUCUUUGUCCCCUCUUGUUGCUUCUGAAACAACCCCGGUCGUGACUGCAAUACAUUUAUUUUCCAUUUUUAGAACAUCAUUUAUGUUCAGAGUGAAAACUAAUGAAAGCCUUGAUGAAGUCUGUCUUUACUAUUGUGGAUUAAGGGUCUUUUUGGUUAUUAUGUAACUGUAUACAAGUCUCAGUAAAUAAUCCCAACAUAGCAAAGCAGCAAAAAGAAAAGAAUGAACCUCAUCUGUAAAAGGAUGAAAGUAUAAAAUGUUCAAUAUAACUGAGUCGCCUCAGAUCAUGUGAUUUCUGGAUGUGAAUUAUUGUUUCUCAAAAUCAAACUCAAAACGUGCCUUUUUAGUCCUGCUUUUAACAAAAUUUUAUAUCAUUAACUUUGUCUUAAGUGUUUUAGCAUUUAUCUCUUUCUAGUUUUAAUGACAGAAUCGUCUUUUAUUGAGCUAUUUUGGUGCUCUUAUUCUAGUAUCUUUUACUGUUGUUUUUAUUUCAUUUUAUUUAUUAUUUCUUAAAUUUCAUUCUAUGUUACUUUGUUUUUGAAUUUUAAUGUAACCUUGAAUUUUAAAAUGAUGUUUCCUCAGUUUGACAUUCCUGUUUCUAUGAAAUCGAGCCCUGUUCAACUUAAUGCGUUUUAAUACGUGUGUCUGUUGUGCGUAGAUCUUGGGGUGGGAAUGAGGGGUUGGGUUGGGGUAGAUUCUGGUAUUCUUUGUUUCUUUUAUUUCCCUUUUAAAGCACUUUGUGUUACAUGGUUGUGUAUGAGAGUGCUAUAAAAUAAAGACUGAUUGAUUGAUUGAUUGAUUAAUUUUCUCAUUUCCAGGCACGUUAGACGUCAGGCUUAUGGGCUGUCAGGACCUUCUGGAAAAUGUCCCGGGUCGUUCCAAAGCUGCAUCUGUCCCACUGCCGGGCUGGAGCCCGAGCGAGACGCGCUCAUCCUUCAUCAGUCGAGCAAACCGAAAUCGCGGCGUGAGUUCACGGAACCUGACAAAGAGCGAGGAGCUUUCCAGUAAGUUCACCUGACUGCGUACAACGUUGGGAGAUAAGUGAAGAAUAAUUCAGUGAUUAGGGUCAGCUUCACCAAAGUUACCUGGGAAAUCUGUUUAUUCAAGGGAAGUUAGUUUUGAAGUCACAAUCAGGACAUGUUUGUGUCCUCAGAUGAGAUCAGCGCAGUAUUGAAGCUUGACAACACAGUAGUCGGACAGACCAGCUGGCGGCCAGUCAGUAACCAGGCCUGGGACCAGAAGUUUACAUUGGAGCUGGACCGGGUAACACCCUCACACACACACACACACACACACACAUUUCUGAUACUAACCUACAGGUGUGUGGCUUAUUAAGUGUUGUACAUGUAUUUUAAUCAUAGUCUCGUGAGCUGGAGAUCUCGGUGUACUGGCGUGAUUGGCGUUCCCUCUGUGCUCUGAAGUUCUUGCGGUUGGAGGACUUCCUGGACAACCAGCGUCAUGGGAUGUGUCUGUACCUCGAGCCACAAGGGAUGCUGUUUGCGGAGGUACAUGCACUAUACCAUUCACACUGAUGACAAGUUGGAGAGGACCUUGAGUGUAGUUACACCAGCUGUGUCUUUGGUUUUCUUAAUAAUAGUUUUUUUUUCCUUUUUUAGGUUACAUUUUUCAAUCCUGUCAUUGAAAGACGACCAAAACUGCAGCGACAAAAGAAAAUUUUCUCAAAGCAGCAAGGUGAGUCAAAAAUCAAAAUCUCGAACAGAACAUAAAUGUUUUAAAAACAAGGUUAAAAGGGAUUCUUUUUUUUCAAAUUAAGGCUAAACUGCUGCAAGCUGGGUUAAGAAAAGAUGAGAUUGUUUUUAGAUCUCCACACUCAUGCUCUAAUUUUUCUCUUAGAAUUCAUAAUCCCCCCUUGCUCUUCUUCCUCUCCUCCUCAUGUGUCUCUUAUGUGUCUUGGUUAUUAGGUAAAACCUUCCUGCGAGCCCCUCAGAUGAACAUCAACAUCGCCACAUGGGGCCGCUUGGUGAGGAGAGCCAUACCGACCGUCAGCACCACCUCGUUCAGCCCGCAGGCGGCUGACACCGGGCCCAGCAGCCUGCCCGGUUCACCCACACCCAGCAGGUACUCAUCAACUGAUACACACUCGAUAAGGUGGAGAACUGGACAUGGCACUGAUCAAGCCGUUAUGUACAUCUGUUCAUAUAUAGUGACCCACUGGUGACCAAGCUGGACUUUGACAAAGAGCCCACCCCAGGACCCAAACAUUACCCGGCACCUGACAACAUCCGGGAACCUCUGGUGCAGGACAAAAUGCCCAACAAGGAGGAGGUGCAGGUGCCGUUUUUUAUGAGUUAUAGAUCUAAAUCAAAAUGAGUCCAUGUUUCUGUGGUGGCAUUGAGCUUGUGAAGCAUGCCAAAGUUAUAGGGUCAAAAAUCAAGAUAGUUUCAGAUGAUAUUUACAUGACGCUCAGAUUUCAGCGACUGGAUAUGGCAUGUAGUGUCAAUAUUCCUACUGUUUAGUCAGAGCAGAUUCAGGAGGAGUCAAACGGGACAAAAAAAGGUUUCUUACAAACUGACCUCAGACAAAAUUUUGAAGAAUCCAAAUGUAGAUGAGACCACACCCUCCUUCUGAUUAUUCAUCAUGCUUUUGAUGUUGUACUACACACUUAUUUAUCAGAAAAAACUUUCAAAACUUUAUCAACUUACUCCAGAUGUAACUCUGAUCUUCCAGUAACCCUCCCCCUGCUCUGCGUCCCCUCUCUGCAGGAUGCACUUGCCUCCUUCGACUUCUUGAACAAGAGGAACAGCAUAGCGGUGAAGCCGGACCUGGACAGAGUGGUGGAGCAUGAGAUCCAGCAUCCAGACCUGGAGCUCAUCGCCUUCCAGAAAGACUCAGAGAUAAGGUAGGAGAGCUUCGAAAUUUAACCUUUGGGGAUCAAUAAAGUUCACCUCCUUCUUCAUUGAGUGUGUUCAUGUUGAAGUGCUUCACCCGUUUGAAAUGAGGUCCAUUAAAUCAACUCAAAAGUUAAAUAAGUUAUGUUAAGGCCUUUGAUAAUAAUAAUCAUAUAAUAAUCUUAAUUUUGAUACUGUUAGGAUCAAUAAUAAAGCAUGUUUGCUUUCACCAUCAUUGUUUUUGUUUCUGCCACAGUUUUCAAUUUUAACGUUUGGAGAGGGAAGUGUUAUUUGGAGCUGAGAUAGAAACAUGUCUGUUAACACUGCCCCCUGGCUGUGAAUCGUGGAGGUGAACUGAGAUCUCUGUUGCUGGUUUCUUCUGUAUUUAGUGCAGGUGUGUCUCUGUGUCCCAACAGUGCUUUCUAAUGUAAACUCUGACUAUUUUCUCAGGGAUGAAGAGCAGUUCCACUUCAGCCUCCAGGACUUCAAAUGUGUGGCUGUUCUCGGACGUGGGCACUUUGGAAAGGUAUGCUUUGCUAUACUGUACAUUUGAAAUCAAUGAAUAAUUCAAUUAAAAUACCCUAAUAGCAGUACAAAAAGAUCAGUAUUUUAAAAUCUAUACAGCUCACUAUUAAAACACCUGAAAAUAUCAUCUAAACAGCAUCUAAAUAUCCACCGCCCCGAUUCACAAAAUACACAAAGAUAAUAAAAUAAAUGCAUUCAUAAACAAACACUUUCAAAUUGAUUUGUCCAAACCAUAACCAUUUAACAACUUGUUUGAAGAGAGAAAGAAAAGAAGAAAAAAAAAAGACAGAAAUAUAGAAAAAAAUAUUACAAAUAAAGCCCCUCCCUCCCACCCUCUAUACCACACACACACGCACAUGCACCUGCACCCUCUCACUACUGACAUUAGGGAGACAUGGCAUGACACUGAGGGUUGAAGAAGCGCCAUCUUUGGGGCCAUCCACACUGGGAGGAGUCACAGGCUGUGCCACUGGGGGCACCAGCGCCCAGGCCCCCCAACCCCGACAGACAACAGCCAGCCAAGCCAAAGGGACCCAGGGACAGCACCCCCAGCAGCACCCCAGACACAGCUCCCAGUGUGGAGGACCCCCCUAAAGAAACGCUGGAGUUAAAACUGAAAAUUAAAGUCAUAAGACAGGAUAAAUAAAAAACCUGAAACAAUCGUUAAAAAGAGUGAACAGCUUAAAAGGAUAAAAAUACGAGAUAUGAGAUAAUAUUUAAAAUAUCACCAAUGAUAACUAAAAACAAAUGAAGUUAUCUAAGAUUAAUGUCUUAGGUCAUCUUAAAAAAAACCAUUAUAGGUUUAUACAUCAAAGACAGUACUCAAAGUAGCUGCUGUAUUUUUGCUCAUAAACUGUUGGUUAAUUAUUAAGAAGGUUGCAGAUCAGUUGUGCCGUAUAUUUGUCUGAUGAUUUUUGUCCAAUAAGACAAAGCAGACAGAAAUCUGAGGAUGAGUUUGUAUAAAUGAUCUCUUACGUGUGUGUGCCUCUCCUCAGGUGUUGUUAGCAGAGUAUAAAAGCACCGGAGAAAUGUUUGCUAUCAAAGCUUUGAAGAAAGGAGACAUUGUUGCUCGAGAUGAAGUGGACAGGUAAAUGUUAAAGCUUCUUCUCCACUCUCGCUGCUUCAGGGGAAUCUGGCAAUUGCUGAUGUGGGGGGAAAAAAACUAGAAAGCUAACUCUCUUUGUCUUUCUUGACAGUCUGAUGUGCGAGAAGAGGAUUUUUGAAACAGUCAACAGUGUCCGCCACCCGUUCCUGGUCAACCUGUUUGCAUGUUUCCAGACACAGGAGCAUGUUUGUUUUGUCAUGGAGUACGCAGCGGGAGGAGACCUUAUGAUGCACAUCCACGCAGAUGUUUUCUCUGAGCCCAGGGCUGUGUGAGUGAACACAGAGACUUUGACUCAUCGACAAACUGCUUUCCUUUUCGCCUUUUUUUUCUUUUGAUCUCUUGUAAAACUCAUUUGUCUACUGUUGUUUGUGUUCAUGCAGAUUUUAUGCCGCCUGUGUGGUGUUGGGGUUACAGUUCCUACAUGAACACAAGAUUGUAUACAGGUGAGAGGUUUGAAAAGGUCACUCUGAACAGCUUCUAAUCUGUAAGAUCAUCAUCUUAUUGAAACUUUCAUUUUGAUGCAGAGAUUUGAAGCUGGAUAACCUGCUCCUGGACACAGAGGGCUACGUGAAGAUCGCUGAUUUUGGGCUUUGUAAAGAAGGUAAAUUGGAAAAUUACAUUUAAAGCUAUGGUCUACGAUCUGAAAACCAGUUUGGCUGUUUAGACAGAUUUGAAAAACUCAGCCCCCCCCCCCUUCACUCACCCCUCCCCUCCGAUCCCGCCCCACCAGCUUGUGUCGCCUCCUAACAACACGCCCCUUCCGAUAGAGCAAGAAGCCGGCCGGCAGAAAAUAUCAAUUUGACCGGCGCGAUCAAAACCAUAUAUUAGCGAGCGAAGCGGGUCUGGCGUCGCUACUGCUAGCUGGUCAGAGCAGAGCCGAUUGUGGGCGAGGCUUUACCUUUCUCAGCGUGUCUUCGUCAGCUCAGUUUACAAUGCUAAAGAUGCAUGGCUAACUUAUGCUAAAAUCUAUUAAGAGAGCCGACCUGUUCCGACCAACAACUUUAAGUCAUUAGCCAGUUUAGGCACAGACUAACCAGAGUAAACAAAGUAGUUACCUGUUCAAAAAAAUUACGGCUGUCUCAGCGCCAGUUUUCAGUCCCAAAUCCUUCUGCAGCUUUUUCCACCGGUCGUACGUUUCUCCGAUAGAGACUCUCAGCCUUUUCCUCGAAACUUUUCCGUUUCCUUCCCUUUGAUGUGGAGGGUAACAGAAGCGACCUCCUGGUUUCGGUGUUUGUCUUCUCCGGCUCCAUUAUGCUUCAGUAGAUGUGCAGCUCGCUAAUCACAUGUACGUGAGGGGGGUAGUGGGGAGGAGGCGGGACCAUGGGCGGGAUGGUGCGGAGCAGGGGAGGCAGGGGAUUGGAUGGACUCAUGGACCACUGCGAACUGCCAGGGUUACGGCUUUUGAUCUUUAUAUUGCGUAGAUCGGACCAUAGGACCAUAACGACCUUAUAAACGAUGUUAUCAAUAAGUACCAAGCUUCCAAAUAGUAGACCAUAGCUUUAAGUAAAUUUGUUGUAUUUUAAGAUCAGACAGAAACAUUGCAAAAGCUUCUCCACACCAACAAAAGAAAGCUUCUAAAUGAAGAGAAAUGUCACCCUGAACAGUCUCCCAGCAGUGGUGACAGAUUUCCUCACAGACAUUGAUCGGCUUGUUUGGAGUUCCUGUUCCUCAUCAGAGAGCCUCUCUCUGUCGUUUUCAGGAAUGGGCUUCAGGGAUCGAACCAGCACAUUUUGCGGCACACCUGAGUUUCUGGCUCCUGAGGUUCUGACUGAAACGUCAUACACUCGUGCUGUGGACUGGUGGGGGCUGGGCGUCCUCAUCUUUGAGAUGCUGGUCGGAGAGGUGAGCGCACGUUCGACAAAGAGUGAAAGACUGAGUGGAAAGAUCACGUGCUGUUGAUUGAUGCUGAAUCUCAUUGAGUAUCUGCAGCGGUUGUCAUGGUUUUCCUUCUUUCACUGUGGCUCCUCUCGUUUCAGUCGCCCUUCCCCGGUGAUGAUGAGGAGGAGGUAUUUGACAGUAUUGUCAACGAUGAAGUUCGCUACCCACGAUUCCUCUCAACAGAGGCCAUCUCCAUCAUGAGGAGGGUGUGUAGACAAAUCCAGAAAUCAGUCUUGAAUCAGUGUUGUUUUUCCACGACGAAGACGUGACGUUGACGAGCUAAACAUAGUCUUAGAUGACUAAAAUGUGACGAGACUAGACUAGAUGAAAACGUUCGUGGUGGACGACGGACAGAGUUGCGAAAUUCAUGAGCAUUUCGUCAGUCAAACGCUUAACAUAUAUUCUGCAGUGUUGUUUUCGUUGAUGAUGUUGACGAAAUAUUUUUGUCAACAUCAACGAAAACAACACUGUCUUGAAUGAUUUAGUUUAAGCAACUUAAAAAAGUGCAAACUCUGCUAGUAUGUCCCUCCUCACUAUGAAGUGAAAUAUCGGAGCAGAUCAGCAGUUUGCUCGGAGGAAAUGUGUCGUCUUAUUUAUGCUCUCGUCUUUGCUUCUCCCCGUGCUCAGCUUUUGAGGAGGAGUCCAGAGAGGCGGCUUGGAGCAGGAGAGAAAGAUGCAGAGGAGGUCAAGAAACAUCUAUUCUUCAGGGUAAGGAACACAGACAUUUUUUUUGGUCAAUUUUUGUGGUUUUGAAGGAAAAUGAAGGAAAAGUUGUGACAUUUUUAAAGUGAUAUGUGGAAGUAAAAAAACAGGGCUGGGUCAAGCUUAGUGUGGCUUAACUAGUUCCUUAACUAGUUCAACCUCCAGCACCAGAGGAUUCACUCAUUUCUCUGAUUCAUUGCAGAACAUGGAUUGGAACGGACUGUUGUCCAAGAAGGUGAAGCCGCCGUUUGUGCCGACCAUUCAGGGCGCCAACGAUGUCAGCAACUUCGACGAUGAAUUUACCUCAGAGGCUCCGAUCUUAACCCCACCCAGGGAACCCCGAGUGCUGUGCUCCGAGGAGCAGAACCUGUUCUCUGACUUUGAUUACAUUGCCGACUGGUGUUAGCUUCACCUGACUCCCCCCCCCGACCCCACAGACACAAACACACACAUAGAUACACAGUCAGAGACACACACACUGUGAACAAACAAAUACAGCGAUGACUGCUCUCAUCUUUUUAAAACGCUCCUCUUUCUUUGCCCAAAACCGUUGAGGAAGAGGAGCAGGCGUGGCUCCCCAAGCCUUUCGAGCGAAACUCUGUGCCAUUGAGAAGAAAAGUCCAGAAGCCUCCUGAGGACCCCACUUAUUUUUAUAAUCCACAUGAAGAACUUUUUUUUUUUUUUUUUAAGAAAAAGAAAACAAAUGAACUCUGUUGUCAGAGAGUGAAGGAGGAGGGAGAUAUUUUGUCCUCCUGAACACGUCGCCGUCUCUAUUGUCUGACCACUGAGAAUGUUUUUCUUACGAACUCUGAGAAGACGGCAACAUCACAGUCAUGUUAUUCAGCGUCACAGUCGUCAGUCUUUUUGAUCUGUACAGAUAAUAUUCAGUCAUGUAUUUUAUUGCCGUAUUUUUUUUUUCUUUAUGUGCAAAGCCCUCGCCACAGCUUUAUGACAUUUUAUCUCACUGUAAAGUUUGACAUUUCUGCCAUGAUCAUGUUUUAAACUGGUGUUCAGUGAAUCAGAAGAGCUCAAAGCAUCAGCACUGAAAGGCAACUAACAUCUUGACUACUACUGCUGCUUCAUGACUUGAAAUCUUUACACUACAUGUCUUCAUAUUAAAAGGCCCGACUUUUAUCCACAUGAACCCACACAACAAUAAUAAUGAUAAUAAUGAUGGUAAUACCCCAUGGCUAAACUAAUCACCUUCAAUUAGUGUUAAUUUAAGGAAUAAGUUUAUGAUCAGAAUGCAGACAAAAUGAAAACUAGUGUUUGUCUUGUGCCCUCUAGUGGCCAUGCAGCUCUGUGAUAGGAGUUCUAACAUUGACGCCUCUGUCGGAGUGAAGAUCACUCAUACUCUAUUGUUCUAACGUGAACAGCCACUCGAUAAAAUCUGUAAACAUUUUUCUCGUUUACCUCAAAGUUUUCACACUAAAGCAGUGACUCAUUGAAAAGCUACAGAAACCAAAUUGAUCCUGUCCCUGUGGAAGCAGCAGACCAACAACUCCUCCUGGUCAAAACUAAAAGAGCUGAUAGAUGGACUGAAAACAGUAACAGAUAAGGCAAAGCGAAAUCUGACAGAUGAGGGCUGAGCAGUAUUUUGGGAACAUAUUAAACUCAGUGAUUAUGUCGAAAUGCCAUUUGAAAGUUUCCUGCACUGUUCUGUGAUCAGAUGAAUUUUCAGUGAAACAGCUGAUGACUUUUGUCAUUUUUGCAUGUUUGUCCUGGACUGACCCAAAAUGUUGGAGACCUGUUGACAUGAAUCACUACAGGGGAGGGCAGGGUAUAUUAUAUAUACAUACUGUAUGUACACAACUAAGCUGAAAGCACUAAUUUUAUCGAUAGUUUUUAAUUAUCCUCGUUUCUUAAUGAUGAAAAUAGAUUGUAUAAAGUUUUUUUAAUUCUUUGCUUUGUGCAUGUUGUCGCCAGAACAAACGUAAAUGUAACGGAUGGUACACCAACACUCAAUCACAACUGUUGCUGUUCACCCCGGUGUAAAAAAGGACUCCUGCGGUUGUUUGUUUCCCAUCAUGAAUGCACAAAUUAAACAUUUGUAAUAGUG